AUGAAAGUUAUUGGACGAACUGGCUCAAGAGGACAGGUGACUCAGGUUCGUGUAAAGUUUUUGGACGAUCAAAAUCGUCAAAUCAUGAGAAACGUGAAAGGUCCCGUUCGUGAAGGUGAUAUUCUCACGCUGAUGGAAUCAGAAAGAGAAGCUAGAAGACUUCGAUGA